AUGAUUGAUGAUGAACUAUUCAGUCAGUUUGUCUUUCCCAACGGAGACUAUUACGAAGGUCAGUACGCUAUAAGAGAUUCAGGAAUUGUACGGCAAGGAAAAGGCAAAUUUGUUGGUGAUUUUAGAAAACGGAUGUUAGAUGUGACAAUAUCAAAUUCACUUAGUCAAUCGUAUAGAAAUUUGUCAGACAUAAAUCCUGAAUGUAAAAACAAAAACGGUUCUGAUGUUUCAGUGUUAUGUGAUUUAUUUGGAGAAACGUUUCUUCAUAAAGGAUACUACUCAGGAGAAUGGGUGAAUGACAAAAUUGAAGGAUUUGGGAAAGUGAAAUUUGCAUCUGGAUCUUAUUAUGAAGGCAGUUUUAAGGACAAUAAAAUGGAUGGUUUAGGUACAUAUUUUUGGCCAAGUGGUCAUAUAUUAAAAGCACAAUUUGAACAAAAUAAUAUUCAAGAAAAUUCCUUAAUUGAAUUAAUUGAUCCAGAUGUGGAUAGUAACUAUUUGAAUGAAUUACCAUUUUAUGAAUCUUUAUUUACUGAUUUUGAAGUGAUCAACAAAGAAUUGGAAGAAACCAAUCAAUUAUUUGAUUACAUUAUUAAAGAAAAUGAAUCGCCUUGUACAAUACAAGCUGAACAAAUAAAAAUUAAAGAAAAUUUAAAAAUUACCAAGGGUAAAAAGUAUAUCCAAUUAUUGGAUAUGAUAUUGAAUAGUAAAUUAAAGGAAGAAAAAGAAGUUAAAGAAAAUACUCGAAUUUUACACAAACAAAUUGAAAAUGAACUAAAUGAUUUGAUAAAUUCAAAUAAAAAAUUUAAAACAUCUAAACAAAUCAAUCAAAUAGAAAAUACAAAACAAAACUCAAAUCAAAUUGUACUAGUAGAUACUAUUGAAAAGUUCAAUACUUUUCCAGAUGAAAUUUGUCGAAAUAUUGAAAAGUUUUUACAAUUAAAUGAUAAAUCAUUAUCACAAAAUAAUAACACAGUGAGGAACAAAAUCAACAAUGAUUCCCAUCAAAAUAACAUUAAAACAAAUGAUUUGGAUGAAGAGAUAACCUCUAAAUCCAUCUUUAAAACAGAGUACAUCAAAGAAUGUCAAACGAAUGAGGAAAAAAAAAGAGAAGACAGAAUGAACAAACUACUUGACCAAGAAAUCGAAGUUGAUUCAAGUGCAUCUUUGCAAGGCAAUCAGUGUAAUCAAUUCAGGAAUCAAAAUACAUUAUUUAAUGAAUCAUUAUUUAAUUCAUUCAACGGUAAAUCAAGGCAAAAUAACAAGAAUUUCGUAAAACGCAACAUCGAGCUUGCAUCACAUUGGAAGGAUAUAAUUCCAAUGACAAUUGAAGAUAAAGAACGACUAGAAGAAAUUCUAGCUGAAGACGAAGAAGAAAUGCAAAUUGUCAAACAGAAUGAUAUACUUCAAAAUGAAAUGAAUAUUGCCAUACACAAAGAAUCUAGUGACUCAAUUCAUAAUGAUAGAUUACUGUCUAUAGACAAUAUGGGCAGUAUAUUACAGCUAUAUUUAAAUAGAACCAAGAGAAGUGGCUCAUGUUUAGAUGAGCCAGUAUCAAAUAAUGAUGAUGACCAGAAUCCUACAAACGAUAAACCUAAUUCAGUUAAUCAGUUAAUGUUGAAAGAAAAUUGCCAACAGUCAGAUAAUCAAUUGCUAGGAAUGUUAUGUCGUCUAAAUGAAAUCGAUGAACAACUUGAAAAGUUUCAAAUUCAAAGGAGAAUAGACAAUGAAAAUACAUCACAAAUAUUGUCUUCUUUAAGAUCAACUGAAGAAGAAAACAAGAUCCUUAACGAAUAUAUACGCCCAGGAGAAUAUGCACUCAGUAAAUACCAAGAAACUCGUGAAGUAAAAAAACGCCUCAAUGAAACUGAAACUCGACUUGCUCAAAUUCAAAAAAUUAGUUUUGAAGAGUUAAAUGCAGUUUUAUUUUUGAUUUGUUAUACUAAAUUAUGGAAGAAUUCAUCUAAUAAUAUUGAACAAUUAAAUAUUGAUUUAAAUGAAUUAACACCAAAUGAUUAA